AUGUGUGCAGGAUAGUUAGUUCUACAUAAGGAAAAUAGAAGUUAUGUGAACAUUCAACAUUGUACGUUCAAAAAUUGAAACGCAAUUAAAUCGCAAAAAAGGAAAAAGUAAUUUUCAAACGAACAAAUUUUUUUUGAAAUUAGCCACAAAAAUGGCUUUUCUUCGUACAUCCACACUUUUUACUCUUCGACGAGUUCAAAGUGCUCCAACCGCUUUCUACCACAAAAAUGUUUUGGAUCAUUAUGAAAACCCACGGAAUGUUGGCUCAAUGGAUAAAGCGGAUAAAAACGUUGGCACUGGUUUGGUUGGAGCUCCGGCUUGCGGUGAUGUGAUGAAAUUGCAAAUUAAAGUCGACGACGAUGGUAAAAUCAUUGAUGCCAAAUUCAAAACAUUCGGCUGCGGAUCGGCCAUUGCAUCCAGUUCAUUGGCAACCGAAUGGGUGAAGGGAAAAACUCUUGACGAAGCUGGUGAAUUGAAAAAUUCCGAUAUUGCUAAGGAACUUUGCUUGCCACCCGUCAAAUUGCAUUGCUCAAUGCUAGCCGAGGAUGCAAUUAAAGCUGCUCUUGCUGACUACAAAAUCAAACAGAACAAAGCAGACAGCAAAUAAAAUAAACUGAUUAAAUGAUA